AGAGGUUGUGCUAGCAUGGCUACAAGUACUGGUACAUGUAAGAGCAAACUUAAGCAAGGCGUCGCAGAAGAUUGGGCCUCGGUUGGCCGUGCGUACGGUCUGAAUAGCGACACCAUCAAGGUGCUGAAACGUAAGUCAUCCGUCUUGGAGUUGUCCGAAGACGACUUGAAGACGUUACCGAUCCCUGCGGAACAGAGACGCCUCCUUUACGACAUGUUGGAGGACCUUAAGACCACAUGUGAACUCGCGGCUCGCCACGGCAACAAGAAACUGGCGGCAGAGUUACGAAGGGCAUUUCCUAAGGACAAAUACACGGUAGAAGCCCACUGUCUGGAGGAGGAAGGGGGUUCAGAAGUCCUUGAGGCCGUGACAGUUUCCACCACAGACAACAUACAGGACGAGGUUUUGAUCUACUGUAAGCCGUACAUUGUCGCCUUGAAUGCUGGAGCCCUGGACUUUGACGAGACUGGAGACGAACUCUUUGAUUUUGUGGGAGAAGCGAUGGAGAUGAUGGAUGCGGGUAACUACAAGGGGGCACUCCUGUUACUUCCUGAGCAAACGUUCCUGCCGCGAUACCUGGCGGAGACGCUCCAACAGAAGGGACAAAUCUUCACCCUGCGUCACACCGAUGGGUUCGUCAGCGUUGUCCGAGAGGAAGUAGAUAAACUACUGGAAGAUGAGGAAGAGGAAGACGAGGAUGAAGAACACGAUGAGACCCUGACAUCUACUCCAAGGGGACAGGCGUAUCUUCUGGAGGUCUCCCCUGGGGAACUGGUUCUCAUAACCGGGGAUGAGGAUCUGCGUGCAUAUGGACUUGACAAGGAGGAUCCUACUAGGACACCACAGACCGAGAGUGGGGUGUCUGGUGCUAGGUCCAAGCCCAAGGUCAACAGAAAGCUGUACCCUGAGUUACCAACACAGGACGGCUCUCAGGACACCAUCUCAACAGGGUCGUCUGAAGGCAGGAGGGAGACAGAACCGAAAAAGAAAGAAGCAACCCGCGACGUCCGCCCCAAGGACCAAACUCCACAGGCAUCUCUGUCUAGCAGACAUCCUAAGAAAGACCCAACUCCAGACGGGAGGAGGUCCAAGGAGGCGUCCAAAGCGUCGUCUGGCUCAGCGACUACGGCUUUGGCCUCAAGUGGUAUUCAUGUCAAGAAAGACGGAACACCAGACAUGCGGUACAAAGAGAACAAGAUGGCUGCUGGUUUGUACGGCCUGAAGAAAGAUGGCACUCCGGACGGGCGAUUUAAACAAAGCGAUUCGGAAGGCUAUGACUCUGUCCUUGCCCACACCACGCCCACGAAAACCGCAUCUUCUCCCUUCCAACGAGACACUUGGGAAGAUGGGAGGCCUUCUCCCCCUUCCUCUCCGUACGUUUCCAAAGAAAAUGACGGCUACGUAUACGGUGGAGGGUUAUCUACCAGUGGCUUCACAGGAAGGUACCCAGUCGGUCCACUAAAGAAAGACGGUACUCCCGACAUGCGCUACAAGGUUAACAAGAUGGCUGCUGGUUUGUACGGUUUGAAAAUGGAUGGUACACCGGACAUGCGCUUCAAAGAGCACAAGAUCGCUGCUGGUUUGUACGGCCUGAAGAAAGACGGCACUCCAGAUAGGCGAUUCAAAGAGAGCAAGCAAACCUAUGAUUCUGUCCUCGAUGACUACACCACGCCCAGGGUGACGGAAAUCGCAUCUUCCCUCUUCCAACAAGACACCUUGGCGGAUGAGAGGUCUUCUCCCCCUUCCUCUCCAUACGUUUCCAAAGAAAAUGACGGCUACGGUGGAGGGUUAUCUACCAGUGGCUUCACAGGAAGGUACCCAGUCGGUCCACUAAAGAAAGACGGAACUCCCGACAUGCGCUACAAGGUUAACAAGAUGGCUGCUGGUUUGUACGGUUUACAAAUGGACGGGAGUCCGGACAUGCGCUUCAAGGCGAACAAGAUUGCUGCUGGUUUGUACGGCCUGAAGAAAGACGGGACUCCGGACAUGCGCUUCAAGGAGAACAGGACCAGCUACGGUCCAUCCAGUUAUUCGCCUUGUUAUUCGUCCGGUUACUCGUCCGGCUAUUCGCCAAGUUACUCGUCCGGCUAUUCGCCAAGUUACUCGUCCGGCUAUUCGCCAAGUUACUCGUCCGGCUAUUCGCCAAGUUACUCGCCUUGUUACUCGGCCGGUCCUCUGAAAAAGAACGGUACCCCCGACAUGCGGUACAAGGCGAACAAGAUCGCUUGCGGCAUGUAUGGGUACAAGAUGAAUGGUACUCCGGACAGGCGCUUCAAGGCGAAUCGCCGACGCUAAUUAUACGAAGAACUUAACAAUUGCACGACAAUUGUACAUGAUACAACAGCUAUUACACAAAGUACAUAAUAGAGGUAUAGGAUAAAGCUUUUAACAUAACAAUAAGGGCUGACAUAAUUCUUUGAUAUAGUAAUAUAAGGAGUAAGCUAAUCAUUAGUUACGGUAUUCUUUCUAAUAGCAGAGCAGUCCUUGAUAUAUUUGCUUAUUUUUGCAUUAUGGGAGUUCUGACAUCUAAAGAUAUAUGAAAAUCUGUUUGUAGCAUCAAGUCUCUUGAAAUUUGUCGCACUUGAUUCGACAAAUAUGAAUAAUUUAUUACGUAAACACUUGUUUGCACAGUCUUUAUUCGUACUUGUGACAGUCACUUUGACAUUUUCAAGUUCAUACAUUUAUUUCACAAGCGUUUGAAAGAAAAGAUAUCAAGGUGUAGUAUAAUUAAGAUAAGAACGAACAUGUCAAAAAUUAUAUAGUCGAUAAAUGCAGUGUUUGGCUUAAAGUUUUAGCUCUUCUAAAUAUCCAUUUAAUGUUUGCUAUACAGAAAAUAAUUAGACUAUUCACUGAAAGUGUAGGUUGAAACGACGUCAGAAUGUUAUUUAGACUGCCAUGACAUGGAUAUGUAAAAAUAGAUAAGGCAUAUAAAGAUAUGGAAUAUAGAUAAAGCAAACUAGGAUGUAAAUCCCAAAGGCAAAGAUUGUACUUUUAUACGUCUUGCAAAUAUGUUGUGUGGUGGAUAAUAUUUCAUCUUAACAAUAUCUGUACAGUGGUGGUUGGAAGGAAUUUUUAAAUUUGCGGUUACUUUACGCUGAGGUAAUAACAUUCUGUACAAAUUGUGUGGCGUAUAUAUAUGUAAACAAAGAACAAUCAAUUUGUGAUGUAUUCUAUGGAAGAAUAACCAUAAUGCUUGUAGAAAUUUCGACACUGAAUUUCAGAGUCAAAGUACAUAAGAUAAAGGUACGAGUAGUUCACAUAGAAAAUGGGACGGAAAGCUGACAAAUGCUAGAAGAUACUUGUUUGUCUUUUAUGCACAUUGUUCAACUGGGCAUUUCAUGUGAUAUUUUACUUUUUUUGGAGGCUUUGUCCCCAAAGGUUGCAGGAAUGGCAGCAACGAAG